AUGCCGCUGGAGCGCUUCGACCUGCGGAUCGCCUCCCGGGAGCUGGUGCCGGCCUCCGACCCUCCCCCGGGCUUCCCGGCCGUCCACGCCGUCUCCAACCUCGACCUCGUCCUCGGCCCCUUCCCCAUCUACCUCGUCAGCAUCUACCCGCCCCCGCCUGGCGGCCUGGGCCCCGUGCUCGCCGCCGUCCGCGCGGCCCUCCCGGCCUACCUCUCCCGCUUCUUCCCCUUCGCCGGCCGCGUCGUGCGCCACCCGGACACCAACGUCCCCGAGGUCGCCUGCGACAACGCCGGCGCCGAGCUCGUCGUCGCCGACGCCGCCGGGGUCCCCCUCGCCGCCGUCGACUUCGCGCGCGUCGACCGGUCCCUGGGCAUGAUCCAGAUCCCGUUCGACGCUGGGCUCGCGCUGUCGCUGCAGGUGGUCCGGUUCGCGUGCGGCGGGUUCGCGCUGACCGUUGCCACCAACCACCUCCUCGCCGACGGCCGGGCGUUCAUCCUGCUGCUCAACAGCCUCGCGGAGAUGGUCCGCGCCGGCGGCGGGGGGCUCUCCCGCGGGCCGCUGCUCGACCGGUCCUCCCUGCUCCCCCCGCGGUCGCCGCCGGUGUAUAGCCCGUCGCUGGACGCGGAGUUCGCGAGGUUCACGCCGGCGACCAUGAUCAAUCCCCUCCUGGCCGCGGCCAUGGAGCGGCGCCUGUACCGCAUCGACGCGGCCGACCUCGCCGGGCUCCAGAUCGCGGCGUCGUCCGGCGAUGGUCGCCGCGCCUCGCGCUUCGUGGCGCUGUGCGCGCACGUCUGGAAACUCCUGGCCCGUGCGGUCGGCGACUCCGACCCGAACUGCCGGAUGGCGUGGAUCGUCGACGGCCGGAAGUGCGUGGAGCCGUCGGAGGGCGCGCUGGACAUGUACAUGGGGAACGUGGUCACCUACACGUCACGCGAGGCGAGCGUGGCGGGGCUGCUGCGCGCGCCGCUGCACGACGUGGCGGCCGCCGCGCGCGCGGCCAUGGCGUCGGUGAUGACCAGGGGCAGGUUCCAGGAGCUGGUGGACUGGGUGGAGGUGAACAAGACGGCGUACAAGGACGGCGGGAAGUGGACGGAGGCGGUGAACCUCGGCCUGGGCAGCCCGGCGCUGGUGAUCUCCGGCCUGCUCCCGUUCGCCAUCGACGGGGACCUGGGCUUCGGGAAGCCGAGGCUGGUCCUGCCGUGGCUGCGGCACGGCCGGCUGGGGUCGGCCUCGGUGACGGUCGUGCCCUGCCCGGGCGGGGACGGGUCGUGGUUCGUAGGCGGCACGCGGCUGUGGCCGCGGCUGGUUGAGGUGAUCGAGGCCGGCCCGGAGAGCCUGCUGAAGCCGGUGACCGCGGCGAGCCUGGGGUUCGAGGCGCCCCACGGCUCUCGUCUGUGA